ACAGAACACCGGAAGAACUUCCCUGAACCGGAAGUAGCAGCUCCGAGAUGGAGGUGGACAGGAUCGUCAAAAUGGAGAUGGGGGACAAUAAAGGUGGAUCAGGCCUCCGGCAGUACUACUUGUCUAAGAUAGAGGAGCUACAGUUGACAGUGAACGAGAAGAGCCAGAAUCUUAGACGUCUUCAGGCACAGAGAAAUGAGCUCAAUGCCAAAGUUCGUCUCCUGCGUGAGGAGUUGCAGUUGCUGCAGGAACAGGGAUCAUAUGUUGGAGAGGUUGUCAGGGUUAUGGAUAAAAAGAAAGUGCUGGUUAAGGUGCAUCCUGAAGGAAAAUUUGUUGUGGAUGUGGACAAGAACAUCGACAUAAAUGAUGUGACUCCAAAUUGCCGUGUGGCUCUGCGUAACGACAGCUACACCCUGCACAAGAUCCUGCCCAACAAGGUGGACCCUCUGGUUUCCCUGAUGAUGGUGGAGAAGGUUCCAGACUCCACCUAUGAAAUGAUUGGCGGCCUGGACAAGCAGAUCAAGGAGAUCAAAGAAGUGAUUGAGCUGCCCGUCAAGCACCCAGAGCUGUUUGAGGCUUUAGGAAUCGCACAGCCAAAGGGUGUGCUGUUGUACGGUCCUCCGGGGACAGGGAAGACCCUGCUGGCCAGAGCAGUUGCCCACCACACUGACUGUACUUUCAUCAGGGUGUCUGGCUCUGAACUGGUCCAGAAAUUCAUUGGAGAGGGGGCUCGCAUGGUGCGUGAGCUGUUCGUCAUGGCCAGAGAACACGCUCCCUCCAUCAUCUUCAUGGAUGAGAUCGACUCAAUCGGCUCAUCUCGCCUGGAGGGCGGCUCGGGUGGGGACAGCGAGGUGCAGAGAACAAUGUUGGAGCUGCUCAAUCAGCUGGAUGGCUUUGAGGCAACAAAGAACAUCAAGGUCAUUAUGGCCACCAACCGUAUUGAUAUUCUGGACUCGGCUCUUCUCAGGCCAGGAAGAAUUGACAGGAAGAUUGAGUUUCCCCCUCCCAAUGAAGAGGCCCGCUUGGACAUCCUGAAGAUCCACUCCAGGAAGAUGAACCUGACCCGUGGGAUCAACCUGAGGAAGAUCGCAGAGCUGAUGCCGGGAGCUUCUGGUGCUGAGGUUAAGGGAGUUUGUACAGAGGCUGGUAUGUAUGCUCUGAGAGAGAGAAGAGUUCACGUCACCCAGGAGGACUUCGAGAUGGCAGUGGCAAAGGUGAUGCAGAAAGAUAGCGAGAAGAACAUGUCUAUCAAGAAGCUGUGGAAAUAAAAUGUCUUGUGUAUUCUUCACACAAUACAACCGCAUAUGUAUAUUUUCCUUUGUUUGUUUAUGGUUUGUAAGUGUUACACAACUAAAGUCCUUAAUUAAAUGGUUUCCUCCA